CUUACAGAGAGAGAAAGAGAAAGAGAGGGUAAAGACAGAAAGAGGAGAGGAAAAGGUCUUCUUGCGAUCAAAAGAGAAAGGAAGAAGACCUAGCCAGGAAAAAAAAAAAAGAGUGGAGGUUUUAGGGGUUGUUAAAAAUGAGAGAAAUCAUAAGCAUUCACAUAGGACAAGCAGGGAUUCAGGUUGGGAAUUCCUGUUGGGAGCUGUAUUGCCUUGAACAUGGCAUCCACGCUGAUGGCAUGAUGCCCAGUGACACUACAGUGGGUAUUGCACAUGAUGCAUUCAACACUUUUUUUAGCGAAACCGGAUCAGGGAAGCAUGUUCCAAGAGCUAUUUUUUUGGAUCUCGAACCCACUGUUAUCGAUGAGGUCAGGACUGGGACAUACCGCCAGCUUUUCCACCCUGAACAGCUUAUUUCUGGAAAGGAAGAUGCUGCUAACAAUUUUGCAAGAGGGCAUUAUACAGUCGGAAAAGAGAUUGUUGAUCUUUGCCUGGAUAGGGUGAGGAAAUUGGCUGAUAAUUGCACUGGAUUGCAAGGUUUCUUAGUUUUCAAUGCUGUUGGUGGUGGUACUGGUUCUGGAUUGGGAUCAUUGUUAUUGGAGCGUUUGUCUGUGGACUAUGGAAAGAAGUCUAAGCUUGGCUUCACCAUCUAUCCUUCUCCCCAGGUAUCCACUGCUGUUGUGGAGCCUUAUAACAGUGUUCUUUCUACUCAUUCCCUCCUUGAACACACGGAUGUUGCUGUGCUGUUGGACAAUGAAGCCAUUUAUGAUAUUUGUAGGAGAUCUCUAGAUAUUGAGAGACCUACAUAUACUAAUUUGAACCGCUUGAUUUCUCAAAUCAUUUCAUCCCUGACAACUUCUUUAAGAUUUGAUGGAGCCAUCAAUGUGGACAUUACAGAGUUCCAGACCAACCUUGUACCAUAUCCUCGAAUUCAUUUCAUGCUUUCAUCUUAUGCACCUGUAAUAUCAGCUGAGAAAGCAUACCAUGAACAGCUAUCAGUGCCUGAGAUAACAAAUGCAGUGUUUGAGCCCUCAAGCAUGAUGGCAAAAUGUGAUCCUAGACAUGGGAAGUAUAUGGCUUGCUGCCUGAUGUACCGUGGAGAUGUUGUUCCCAAAGAUGUCAAUGCUGCUGUUGCUACCAUAAAAACCAAAAGGACAGUUCAGUUUGUUGACUGGUGCCCUACCGGCUUCAAAUGUGGUAUUAACUAUCAACCUCCAACUGUGGUACCGGGGGGUGAUCUUGCCAAAGUGCAGCGAGCUGUGUGCAUGAUCAGUAAUAAUACUGCAGUGGCAGAGGUGUUUUCGCGGAUUGAUCAUAAGUUUGACCUCAUGUACUCCAAGAGGGCAUUUGUUCAUUGGUACGUCGGUGAAGGCAUGGAAGAAGGUGAGUUCUCCGAAGCCCGAGAGGACUUAGCUGCUCUUGAGAAGGAUUACGAGGAAGUUGGUGCUGAAGGUGUUGACGAAGAGGAAGAACCCGAAGACUACUGAUAGCUUGGCAUGUUAUGAACACGGGCUUUCUGGCUUUGCCCAUCUCUUCUACUUGAUUGAAUCUGUACCUUAUCUUUGUGUAUUGCUGUUUCUUUGCCUAGCUUGCAAUUGUUGAAUUGUGUCAAAUGUUUCAAUCUCAAAGUUUUUGUGCUAAUAGCAAACAGGUGAUGAUCUAUAUAUAUUAGAUCCUUGUGAUGAAGCAUGCUUUCAAGAAA